UAUCUUUGCCCGCUGCUGGAGAGCUUGUGAGAGAAAAACCCGGAAGUGGCGGUUGAUUCUUUACCUUUGCUGCGUGCUGGGGAAGUGUCUGCUUUUCUUUUCUCGCCGUGUGCCUAACACGUGACUCCUACGUUAGUUUUCCCUUGCGGUUCGGAGGUAGUGGCUGCCACCCCUAGAGGAAGCGAGGGGUGCGCCCUUCCUUCGGCCCUGCAGACUCGGAGCCUCCAUGGGUCCGACCCCGAAGGCCAAUGUGUGCCGCAGGCUGAGCCUUAGGGCUCUGGGCUUCUUUGCGCGCGACGCGGGCGUGGUGCAGAGGACUAACCUGGGCAUCCUGCGGGAGCUGGUGUGCCAGGAAAGUACUAAAUUUAAGAAUGUUUGGACAACUCAUUCAAAGUCACCUAUAGCCUAUGAGAGAGGAAGAAUAUAUUUUGACAAUUAUCGGUGCUGCAUCAGCAGUAUUGCAUCAGAGCCAAGAAAACUUUAUGAAAUGACAAAAUGUUCCAAAUCAGAAAAAAUUGAGGAUGCUUUAUUAUGGGAAUGUCCAGUGGGAGAAAUACUUCCUGACCCCUCAGAUUAUAAGUCCUCACUCAUAGCACUGACUGCUCAUAAUUGGCUGCUUCGUAUAUCAGCAACCACAGGGGAAAUCCUGGAGAAAAUAUACCUUGCUUCUUAUUGCAAGUUCAGGUACUUGAGCUGGGACACUCCUCAAGAAGUCAUUGUGGUCAAGUCAGCUCAAAACAAAGGCCCAGCCCUGGCCCAGCAGGCAGGUAUUCAGCAGCCUGUUUUGUUGUACCUUGCAGUAUUCCAAGUUCUACCUUUUUCACUUGUAGGAAUUCUAGAGAUCAACAAAAAGAUUUUCGGGAACAUUACAGAUGCUACUUUGUCUCAUGGAAUACUGAUUGUGAUGUACAGCUCGGGACUAGUCAGACUGUAUAGCUUCCAAGUCAUCAUCGAACAGUUCAUGCAACAGAAACUUGACUUAGGGUGUGCAUGCAGAUGGGGUGGGACUACUGGAACUGUAGGAGAGGCUCCCUUUGGCAUUCCUUGUAAUAUAAAAAUCACAGAUCCCCUACCACUGCUCUUUGAAGUUUCAUCCCUGGAGAAUGCAUUUCAGAUCGGAGGCCAUCCUUGGCACUACAUCAUCACACCUAAUAAGAAGAAACAGAAAGGAAUUUUCCAUAUUUGUGCCCUAAAGGAUAAUACCUUGGCAAAAAAUGGGAUCCAAGAGAUGGAAUGCUGUUCUCUAGAAUCUGACUGGAUCUAUUUCCACCCUGAUGCUUCUGGAAGAAUAAUACACGUUGGCCCAAAUCAAAUCAAAGUUUUAAAGCUAAGUGAGAUGAAAAAUAAUAGCUCUCAGCAUCAGAUCUCUGAAGAUUUUGUUAUUUUUGCCAAUAGAGAAGACAGAAAUGAAAACUUAUUCACUGUUACAGCUUCUGGACGGGUGGUAAAAAGAAGCUUCAGUCUUCUGGAUGAUGACCCAGAGCAAGAGACUUUCAAAAUUGUGGACUAUGAAGAUGAGUUGGACUUGCUUUCCGUAGUAGCUGUUACUCAGAUAGAUGCUGAAGGAAAAGCUCACCUGGAUUUCCACUGUAAUGAAUAUGGAACUUUACUUAAAAGCAUUCCACUAGUAGAGUCAUGGGAUGUGACAUAUAGCCAUGAAGUCUACUUUGACAGAGACUUGGUGCUACACAUAGAACAGAAACCCAACAGGGUCUUCAGCUGCUAUGUUUACCAGAUGGUAUGUGACCCUGGAGAAGAAGAAGAUAUCCUAAAAAGAAGUUGCUAAAAAGGGGGAGAGUUGUAUCUUGAGACUUUUGGUGAAAUACCCAAUCAGCUGUGUCCAGUCCUCUUUAUUACAUGCGUGGCACAUUCUGCAGUAUUUCUGAGAGCAGGUCUUGUGUUAAUUGCAAAUGACUUAGAUUGAAUUCUUCCCACAGAAGGUUGUGAGGACUUUGUUUUAUGUGACUACUUUCUAAAAUGAUGUCCCAAGAGGUCUAGCAUUUUGAAACUUUUAGACUAGGUGCUACUGCAAAUAUAAAAUGCUGGGAACCAGAGGACAUGUUAAUUCAGUUGUUGAGAAGACAUCACUGAUAUGGAGAUAAUUAAACAUGAUUUUUUUUUUUUUUUGAGACAGGGUCUCCCUGUAGCCCCAGUUGUCCUGGAACUCACUCUGUAGACCAGGCUGGCAUUGAACUCACAGAGAUCCGCCUGCCUCUGCCUCCCAAGUGCUGGGAUUAAAGGCAUGUGCCACCAUGCCCGGCAAUAAUUAACAUGAUGCUUAAAGAAUAAUUUAGAGUUUGGAUUGGUAAAGCUAGGAGAGAGAAAAAAAAUAAAAAUAUUAAAGACACAAGCCAGGCAUAGUGGUGUACACUAUGUAAUCCCAGCACAUGGGAAGUGGAGCAAAAGGAUUACGAUUUCAAGGCCAGUGUUGGCUACAUCAUGAGUUCAAGACCGGCUUGGUCAGCUUGGUCUUCAUAAGACCUUUUCUCAAAAUGACAACAAGAGUUAAAGAAAUCUCAUAUACUCUAUACCAAGCUUUGUGUAAGGAUGACAAAUGAAAUUUGUAAUGUGAAUUCCUUUUUUUUUUUUUUUUACAAAUCAUACAUAUGUAGAUAGAUUUUGUGUUUCCAUAUAAUAUCUAGUUGAUUCUAGUUCCCAAAUUGUCUUUUGUUCCAUGGUCUUAUUCUUUAGUCUUCUUGUUCUCAUUGAAUGUUUGUAUUCUGUGUGUGUAUGUGUGUGUGUGUGUGUGUGUGUGUGUGUGUGUGUCUUUGCCUGUGUACAUGGUGCUCAUUGAUGUGUCCAUGUCGAUUUAUAUGCAUGUUCAUGCGUGCAUAUGUGUGUGGGUGUGCUUGCAUGUUUGCAUGUGCAUUUGGAGGCCAGAAGUCUCCCUGUGAUGAUAUUCCUUAAGAGCUAUCAACCUUGGUUUUUGAAACAGGAUCUCUUACUAGUGCCUGGGACUAUGAUUAGACUGGCCAGCCAGCCAGCCCCAGGAUCCUCCUGUCUCUGCUUCUUUAGCAUUGGUAUUAUUAGCACACCACCACACCUAGCUAUUUAUAUGGGGCCUAGGGAUCAAACUCAGGUCCUCUUGCUUGUGUAGCAAACACUUUACCAACUGAGACGUCUCCCGAGCCCUGAAACGAUGUAUUGUUAUAAAAGAUUAUGAGGAAACUUUAAAUGAAAAAUAUUUUUUCUGAUAUAUAUAACCUGUUUAACUCAAUGCAUCUAAAGAUACUGUCUUUAUUAACCAUUCUAUUUUUUAGUGAGAUGGUUUGUUGAGGCAAUAUUUUCUACAAGAACAUAAAGAUGUGUUGCUAGCCUGUACUAGAUCUUUCACUCAAGAAGAGUCAGUGAAAGCUCAGGAGGAAUUCUUCCUAGAAUUUGCCUGAUUAGCCAGAGGAAAAUUUUGGAUGUUUUUUCUUGUUUGUUGUUAAACAGAUUUAAACAUGACCCUUAGGGCUAGAAAAAUGACUCAGUGGUUAAGAACACUGGCUGCUCUUGUACAGGAUCCCAUUUUGGUUCCCAGCAUCCACAUGGCAGCUAACAACUGUCUGUAACUCCAGUUCCAGGGGAUCCAACACUUUCUUCUGGCCUCUGUGGGCAUUGUACAACACAGGUCCACUUACAUACAUGCAGGCAAAACACUCAUAUGCAUAAAAACUAAUAAAAGUUAAUUCAAAAAAUUUUAAUGACCCUUAAACUCCAGUAAUCAUCUUUCAAAAUGUUAGAUAAAGGCAACCUAAGUAUAGGGAGAAAAUGUUCCUAUACUUCCUAUUUGAGAAAUCCAGUUAUUUGGAAUAUACAUGUUCAUCUUGUUUUUCUAAUGCAGCCUCAAAAAAAUAACUGUAAAACAAGAAAAGAAUGGCUGGGGCUAAUAGUUCACACCUGUAAUCCCAGUAUUUAGGAAGCUGCAAUAAGAGGAUUGCUGCAAAUUUGAAGCCAGCCUUGGCUACGAGGCAAGACCUUGUAUUGACAAAAAAAAAAAAAGCCAGGGAUGGUGGCUUAUGUUUGUAAGAUUGGUACUUUGGAGGUAGAGGAGGAGCAAGAGUUCAAUGCCAACUUUGGCUACAUAGUAAGUCAGAGCUAGCCUGGGCUAUCUCAAUAAUACAAACAAACAAAAAGAAAAACAGUAAAAUUAGUAAUUUUUUUUUAAAUACGUGUAUGAGUGUUU